CCACCGACCAAGGAGCGAGCGAGGCGACCGGGAUGGCGGCGGCGGCGGCGGCGGUGGAGGGGGAGGUGAGGCGGGACAUGUGGGGGCAGGAGUACCGGACGUCCUCCGCGGAGUGCGCGGCGGCGCUCGACGCCUACUACGCGGCCUUCCUGUCCUUCGGCCGCGGCCGCACGGCGGCCGUCCUCCGUGCCGCCGCGGCCGACCCGUCCUGCGCCCUCGCCGCCGCGCACGCCGCGCACGCCGUCGCGCCCAGAGACCCCGCGGGGGCCGCCGACAACCUCGGGAAUGCGACGGAGUACGAGAGGGCCGUGUUCGGGACGCUCUCCGCGAUGGUGGGCGAGGAGGGGAAUGAGGAGGUGGCACUGGAGAGACACUUCGAGUUGCUCAAGAAAUUUCCCAGGGAUCUCCUGUCUCUCAAGAGAGCGCAGCUCAUCUGCUUCUAUUCGGGAAAGCCGGAUUUAUCCCUAAAAUUUGUCGAACAAGUUUUGCCCGAGAAUCAAGAUCAGAACUACAUAUAUGGAAUGCUCGCCUUCCCUUUGCUGGAGCUUGGAAAGAUGGCUGAAGCUGAGAGAGCUGCUCGAAAAGGCUUGGCUAUUAACAAAAAUGACGUCUGGUCGCAGCAUAAUCUCUGCCACGUUUUUCAGCAGGAAUGUCGCUUCAGAGAAGCUACUGAGUUCAUGGAAUCAUGUUCUCCAUCAUGGAUGGCUUGCACAUCAUUUUUGUAUGUAGUUUUCCACACAAUGUGUGUUCUAUUGAUGUUAAUAUGUUAUUCAAAAGUCAUGCUCAUGGUUCUCAGAAAAAAAAAAUUCUUCUCUUACAGGCUUACUCACAACUGGUGGCAUGUUGCUGUUUGUUACUUGGAAGCUGAAUCCCCUUUACAGAAAGUUCUGGAUGUAUAUGAUAAAAAUAUCAUGAAGGAACUUGAGAAAAGUGAUUGUGAGGCAGCGGAGGUGUAUUUGAAUGCUCUAGGGUUGCUGCUACGGUUGUUUGUCCGUGGUCAUGUAGAUCUUGCGAAAGAGAGGUUAGCAACAUUGCUGGAUGCACUCAAGGAUGAGUCUGUGUGGCAUGUGGAAUGGCUCCUUGAUUUGCUUACGUUAUGGGCGCUAUCAAGUAUGGUCGAGUUGAAUAGUGCACACAAUAUGUUGGAAUCAUUGAAGUCCAGGGUCAGUUCAAUGGAACAAAAUAGGCAGCAAGUGAUGCAGAAGGCUGUCCAGCUAGCAGAGGCUGUUUAUGAAUUUGGAAAUGGAGAGCACAAGAAGGUCUUUGACACCCUGGGUCCAGACUUCGAUGCUCUAUGUUAUAAAAUGAUUGGUGCAUCAGAUGAACAAGUGGAUGUCUUCAAUGAAGUUUGGUUCACUGUUCUAAUAAAUGGUGGAGAGACUUCAAAAGCAAUUGAUGUGCUUGGCAAACAAACAAGGAAACGAGAAGGGGCACCCUUCCUGUGGCGUUUGCUGGGGAAAGCGUACUCAUUGGAUGGAAGAGAUGCAGAUGCUUUGGUGGCAUACGAAAAGGCCAAUGCUCUGCAAGCUGCCUACUCUUAUUAGCAUCAGAUAUGUUGCUGAAUAGCCGACUUCUGCAAGGUCAUAUGACUAUCGUUACAGUAUUGUGCCAAUGUGCAUCAUAGGAGAUAAGCAGGUCUACACAAGGAAGAGGUCCAGACCCAGAUCAAGGAGGGAGUCGGGCUGCUGCUAUCAAUGGCUUGCCAGCUGCUCUCCAAUCAGAGUCGCUCUACAGCAAGAAUGCUUCUUCCUCCGUCGUCAGUUGACCAAGACCAAGGUGAUGCUGUGCCAGACGAAGAGGAUGCGUGAGAUCAAGCUCAUCUCAUGUUGGGUUCCUUAGGUUAUCGCGAAACUGUGUUUCUGGGAUGUUGGCUUCCCUGGAUGUUAGUCUAGCCUUUUGGUUUGGUCUGUAAUAAUGCUACUUCUGCUUCCCGAGGCCCUGUGGAGUCGUUUGGCUUGAAUCAAGUCAGGUGGCUUCACACGCUAGGAACCUUCUUCCCUAGCCUUUCCCCCUCUGUUUCCCCCUGCUACUCGUUCACAAACUUCUGUAUUUCCGUUUCAUGCGAAUGGAAAUGGGGGCCGGCCUCGAUUCAAAAAAA